AUGGAAGAUAUUGUACAACUAUUAAAAAAGAUACAAGAAGACAUUAAAGAAACAAAAGAUAGUGUCAAAAACAGUGAAAUAAAUUUACUUAACAAAAUCAACGAAAAAGUUGACGAUAUCCAAAGUAAAAUGCAAAAUCUAGAAGUAACAGUUAGGUCACAAGAACAACGACUAGACCUUCUCGAAAAGCAAGCCAGGGAGAGAAAUAUCGUUAUUUUUGGUGUUGAGGAAAAGGAACAGAAUAACGAGGAUUUACAGAAUAAUUUCCUGAAGAUAUUCAGUGAUAUUAUGAAGAUAAUAUCACUGAAGUAG